AUGGCUACUUCGUGUGACAUACUCCAUUUCUUCAUCUUCUCAAUAGCUCUGCUUUCACUGCUGUCUUCAUCUUCGUCGUUGGCAGUGAAUGCACCAUCUAAACCCCAUGCCUUCAUCCUGCCCAUCGAGAAAGACCCAAAAACCCUUCAGUACUCAACUUCCGUGGAGAUGGGCACUCCUCCGUUCACACUAGAUCUAGUCAUUGACAUAAGAGAACGUUUCUUAUGGUUCGAGUGUGGCAGCGACUACAACUCCUCAACCUACCACCCUGUCCGAUGUGGGACCAAGAAAUGCAUCCAAGCCAAAGGCACCGAUUGCAUCACAUGCAUCAACCACCCUCUCAAAACGGGAUGCACUAACAACACCUGCGGGGUUCAACCAUUCAACCCCUUCGCCGGCUUCUACGUCAGUGGCGAUGUCGGACAAGACACCCUCUCCUCCGCGCACUCCACAACCCGUGCAAGAGCACCCUCCAAUUUACACGUCCCGGCCUUCGUCUCUUCCUGCGUCUACCCGGAUAAGUUUGGGGUCGAGGGCUUUCUCCUGGGCCUGGCCCGCGGCAAGAAAGGAGUAUUGGGCCUUGCAAACACUGCUAUUUCAUUACCAGCCCAACUCGCAACCAAAUACAAAUACCACCUUCAACGCAAGUUUGCGCUCUGUUUACCUUCCACUUCAAAAUUUAACAAACUCGGGGAUCUCUUUGUCGGUGGCGGCCCUUACUAUUUGCCACCUCACGAUGCUUCCAAGUUUCUAACUUACACUCCCCUCGUUACCAACCCCCAUAGCACAGGUCCGAUCUUUGACGACGAUCCUUCCGCGGAGUACUUCAUUGACGUUAAGUCAAUCAAAGUUGACGGGAAAACUGUGAACGUUAACAGCUCUCUGUUGUCUAUUGACAAACAGGGAAACGGGGGCACAAAACUGAGCACCGUUAUUCCUUACAGCAGGUUGCACAGUUCAAUCUACCGGCCUCUGGUGGAUGGUUUCGUGAAGAAAGCAGCGCUUAGGAAAAUGAAGAGAGUGGCUUCGGUGGCGCCGUUUGGGGCGUGCUUCAGUUCGAGAACGGUUGGGAAUGUGCCAGCAAUAGCUCUGGUCCUUGGAGGUGGGGUUGAGUGGAGAAUCUAUGGGGCAAAUUCUAUGGUGAAGGUUAACAAAAAGGUGCAAUGCCUUGGGUUUGUGGAUGCAGGUUUGGAGCCUGGAAGUCCCAUAGCAACCUCCAUUGUUAUCGGUGGGUAUCAGAUGGAGGACAAUCUUUUGGAGUUUGACCUUGCUUCUUCAAGAUUUGGUUUUAGCUCCUCCCUUUUACUCCACAAUGCUACCUGUUCCCAUUUCAGACUCCUUUGAUAUUUCCCUUCAACGUUUCCUUAAUUUCGUCAUCAAUAAAUUUCAUUUUCCCUUGUAAUCGUAUUUAUCACGUCUCGUUAACUUCUCGGUUUCGG